AUGGCACUAGCCAUUAAUAAACCGCAGUCGUUCAUUGAAACGAUUGUUGGCAUUCCGCCGCUAAAGAAGCUGCGUCUGCAGGCAUCGGCGCCGCCAGCCAACAAACCGAAACCAAAACCGGAAAGGAAACUUCAUGUAUUAGCACUGCUCGAACCGUAUCUACCGGCUAGUAAUAGUGGCAGCAGCAUCAUAGUGCCCGGCAUAGGCUCGAUGCCUGUUGCGAGCAUAGGCCCAGCCAAUGCCAACCAGACAAAGGAGCUGCUGGAAGUGCUUGUCAAGAUAACGGAUGAGAUUGUCUAUGAUAAUGUGCAGAUAGCAGAGCUGAAAGAGGCUGCCACCAAAAUAUUCCAGCUGUAUCAGGCGCAGGAGCGCGACAACGACACCUCAGUCCGUGUGAAACUGCUGGAGCUGCUGUCGGGCCUGGGCUGUGAGUCUGGAACUGAAGAGGGCAUCACUCUAAUCAUCGACUACUUCAUUUACCUGCUGCGCAAGGAGACCUCACAGAAGGUGCUCGCCCAGGGCAUGAUGUGCCUAUUCCGCAUCGGACAGCAGCGCCGCCAAAUGGUGCCGCUGGCAUACAACACCCAGGUGGCCCAUCUGGCCAAGGAGCUGCUCCGCAGUGGAUCCACCCAUACACAGAAGAAUGCGAUGUUGGUAAUAGGACGCUUUGCCACCUGCCAUGAGAGCGAGCGCCAGUAUGUGUGGAAGUUGGCCUUCUACAUUGAUUCACAGGAUUCGGGCGUGCGUGCCCAGGCGCUGCAUGCCCUGCUGACCCUGGGCGAGCGUGGCUCCCACCUGCCGCCAGUGUUGUACAAGCGUGCCGUGGAGGCCAUGAAGGAUGACUACGAGUGCGUGCGCAAGGAGGCGCUGCGCCUGGUCCACAUGCUCGGCAAUCGGCAUCCGGACUACAUCAUUAAUUUUGAGCGCCAUCACGAGGAUAUACGCAUGAUCGACGCCGCCUUCAGCAAGGUCUGCGAAGCGCUCUGCGACCUCUCGCUGCAGAUCCGCGUCCUGGCCGCCGAACUGCUCGGCAGCAUGACGCACGUCAGCAGCGAGUACCUGCACCAGACCCUGGACAAAAAGCUGAUGAGUAACCUGCGCCGCAAGCGCAACGCCCACGAGCGUGGCGCGCAUCUGGUCACCAGUGGUGAAUGGUCAUCGGGCAAGCGCUGGGCAGACGAUGCCCCGCAGGAGCAUCUGGAUGCGCGCAGCAUUUCUCUUAUAGCCAGCGGUGCGUGCGGCGCGCUUGUGCACGGCCUGGAGGACGAAUUCCUGGAGGUGCGCACCGCUGCCGUGGGCUCCAUGUGCCAGCUGGCCAUGUCGCGCCCAGACUUUGCGGUGACCAGCUUGGACUUCCUCGUCGACAUGUUCAACGAUGAGAUCGAAGAUGUACGCCUGAAGGCCAUCUACAGCCUGACGGCCAUUUCACGGCACAUUGUGCUGCGCGAGGAUCAGCUAGAGAUCAUGCUUAGCUCUCUGGAGGACUACUCUGUGGAUGUGCGCGAGGGCCUGCACCUGAUGCUCGGCGCUUGUCGCGUUUCCACCCAGACCUGCCUGCUGAUGGUCGUGCAGAAGCUGCUCGAUGUCCUGGCCAAGUAUCCGCAGGAUCGCCACUCGACGUACGCCUGCAUGCGGAAAAUUGGCCAGAAGCAUCCGCAUCUCGUCAUGGCCGUCACUGGGCACCUGCUCUACGUGCAUCCGUUCUUCGAGACGCCCGAACGCGAUGUCGAGGAUCCCGCCUACCUGUGCGUUCUCAUUCUGGUCUUCAACGCCGCCGAGCACCUGGUGCCCAUCAUCAGCCUCCUGCCCACGGCCACGCAUCGACACUAUGCCUACCUACGCGACUCCAUGCCCAAGCUGGUGCCUCAGCUGCCCAUUGAGGGCGCCUCCUCAGCGUCCACAACGAAGCGUGUUGAGGACGGCCUUCAAGCCGUCGGCAGCUCCGCCGAAUAUCUGCAGAUGAUUCUCAACCACAUUGGCGAGGUAUUCACGAUGACCGACGAUCGCAUCGAAUUGCUGAAGACGGCGCAGUCGAAUCUGCAGCGCUUGGGCGCCAUCGACUCGGAUAUGUAUGGAACAUCCAAUUUCCUGGAGACCUUUCUCUCGGCACAAAUACAGAUCGAGCAGAUGCAACGAUGCACCAGCACCCAGCGCAGCCGCGUGCCGCUCAAGGAGUCGCUGGCGGAGCUAAUACGCAACUGUCUGAAGCUGCAGCACACGUUCUCCGGGCUCAACUACGGCGACAUUCUGCAGGUGAAGCAACUCAGACUGCGGGCCAGUGCGCUGCAUCUGGUGCUGGUGGUGCGGGAUAGGUCGCAGAGCGCGCUCGGACCCUGCCAGAUGCUGUUGCAGACGGCUGGGGAUAUCAGCGCCUUUAUGCAGACCCGCACAAAGACCACUUCCUUUGGAGAGCAGGCAGACGUGGAGUUGGACACGAAACUGAAGCUGAAGCCUCAGAUGGGCCAAGCGGAGCCGGACAGUUUCACUCGGUCGCUGUUGUCCAAGCUGGAUGCGAUUACCGAUCCGAAGCCGGGACGCGUGUUUCGAGAGAUCUUACCACUUGUUCAGCAUGCGCCGCCAUUAGCUCUGCCGCCGGCCAACGAGAAGAUUCGGCGUUGCAUGGCCAACAUAUUGGAGCCGUGCCCGGUGCAGUCGCAGGACAACGUGAUCAAGGUGACGGCCGGUCUGAUUGCUGCCGUGCCGUUCGUGGCCGAGAUUGAUAAUCUUCUGGAGUCGCAGAAGGCGGACAUGCGCAUCAAGAUUAAGUAUCCUGACCAGCACAUGCACACCGUGGUGCCCAAGAUGACGGACUUCAAGCCCAUCAUGACGGAGCAGGGCGAGCAUGAGACGAACGUUAGGUUGCGCACAACGAUCCUACUCUCGCACAGCGUCUGGACGGAGGCGUCGCUGGUGGAGAUACAACUAUGCCUCGCUGUGCGGCCUGGCAGCGAGCUGGAGCUCUGCAAGCCCGCCAAGGUUCUCUUUGCACCCAAGCCGGUGCGACGGGGCAUUUAGCCAUCCGAUGAAGUUAGCAAACGGUCAAGAAAAAACGGCGUGAAUCGUCGUGACGGCGCUGCAGGCGCCAGUUGACAAAUUGUAGAUUUAUACAUACAAAUAUACAUACAUAUACAUGCAAGCAAACACUGAUAUAUGUACAU